AUGCCGGAGUUGCCGGAGGUGGAGGUGGCACGGAGGGCGAUUGAGGAGCAUUGUGUAGGGAAGAGGAUCGUCCAAUGCUCAGUUGCCGACAACCCUAAGGUCAUUGACGGCGUCACGCCCUCGAAUCUAGAGUCCACCCUCGUUGGCAAGACCAUCGUCCUAGCCCUCCGCAUGGGAAAGAACCUAUGGCUCUGCCUCGAUUCCCUGCCCUUCCCUACAUUCCAGUUCGGUAUGGCAGGGGCUAUCUACACUAAAGGCAUGACGCUGACAAAGUAUAAAAGGUCUGCGGUAAGCGAUGCGGAUGAAUGGCCUUCAAAACUCUCCAUCAUUUUUUUACAGCUUGAUGAUGGAUUGGAGCUUUCUUAG